AUGUACACUGAUAUUAUUAAAGCUCAAACUGAAAUAUUGCAAAAAUGUGGUUCUUUAGCAAUUGAUAUGGAUAAAUUACCUUUAGCAUUCGAAUUGUUAACAAAGACUUUAGAAAAUGAUCCAUUAAACUUAAAGACUUUAUUAUUGUUGAGUAAUGCAUACCUGAAGAAUAAAAGCUUCAUCAAUGUGAUCCAUCUUUUAAUCUCUGCCGUCAAUUCAAAGUCAAACAUUAUCCUAAAUAAUAUUAUGAUAUGGCAGAAAUUAGCUGUCUCUUAUUAUAGAUUGAAUAGAUUUGACGAUUCAAAUCAUGCGAUCUUACAAGCACUUGCGCUUUUUGAAAAAAGUUCCAGGUAUUCAAUGAUAAUGAAUACUACUUCUACUACUACUACUACUACUAAUAUCAAUUCACCAGAUUUCCAACGAUAUUCUUUGAAAGCUCAAGGAACAAAUAUCUCUAAUACUGAUGCAACUAAAAAACUUACCAACAACAUUAAUAAUAUUCAACACAAUAAUUCAAACGAUAUGAAGGAUUCAUCGAUAAACCAUGAUAACAAUUUACCUACUUUAUCCGAAAGUAAAAUGUAUGUUCUUCGAUGUAGAAUUCUACUAUUAAUGGAUAGUCAACAUGACACAUUGAAAGAAGGAUUACCUGCUUUUGAUAAAUGUUUACAUUUUCUGGAAAAAUUUGAUAACUUUAAUUAUUAUCUGGAUGUUUUAAUCACUAGGGCUCAAUUUUUUAAAAAAUUUGAAGACAUUAUAGGUUGUAAAAAUGACCUAAUACAUAUAUUGAAAUUAUUAGAUGAAAGGAGAAAUCAAUUGAAACCAAAUGAUCUUUUGAUCAAAGCAAGCUAUGUAUAUCAUUUGCUAGCAACAUUAAUCUACGAAGAAAACCCUAAUAAUCACCACGAUGCAAUUGAAACGAUUCAUUUAGGAAUGAAAAAUUUUCCACAUAUGACCUCAUCAAUAAAACCACUUUCAUUAUUAGAGACUCAACUAAUAUAUCUAAAUGGUAACGACAACGAAAUUUCCACCAAAAUUGAUCAAUUAAAAUUACAAAUCGAUUUGGAUCGUUCGAAGGACCAAGCUCUAACGUCUUAUAUGAUUGCAAGACUAUUAUUAAAGAAAAAUGUUGAACAAAAUGCAAAUCAAGCAUAUGAGUACUAUCAAAAAACUUUAAAAAUAUUACCUAGAAAGCCUUGGAUUUGGAUAUCAGUUGCUUCAUUAUAUUUGGAAUUAGGUCAGUUUGAUGAUGCAUUAUCUACUUAUACCCAAGCCGUUAAUCAUUCACUAUAUACUGAUGAAAACCAAAGUGAUAAAUCAGAAAGGAGCCUCUCUGAUGCGUCCAGUGUGGCCAGUAAUUCUUCCACAUCUAACAGUCUAUUACCAUCAUAUGAAUUAAAAUUUAACAAUGUCUUUGCGGCAAUUGCAUGGUUUGGUAUAUCGCAGGUUUAUACAGCAACUGGGGAAUAUAAGAAUGCAACGGAUGCUAUUAAUCAAGCAUUGAAAUUGUUUAAAAUUGAAAAAGAUUCUGAAAAUGUUAAUAAGUUGAAAACAUUACUUUCAAAAUUAAUUAUACUUGAGGUAAACAACAAUAAUGGGAAUUCAAUAGAAAAUGAUAUUGAUGAUGAAUCUACAGCAAAUAGUUUACAUUCUAUUCAAAAAUCUGAUGAAACAACAACAAACAUAGUCGCUGGAAAAAAAACUGAAUUGUCUAUCAAAUAUGAAAAUCCAGAUGUACCUAUCGUUGUUCUAAUAGAUUUAACAAAUCAAAGCGAUGGAAAGUUAUUUGAACCUAUAGAGAUUGUAGAGAAAGAAGAUAUCUGUUCACUUGACAUAGAAAAUGUCGAUGAAAAUUCUACAGAUUCUGAACGUAAUUCAUUAAAUAGUAAUGAAAUAAUCGAUUUAACUAGCGAAGAAAUCAAUAUGCAUAAGAAGCGGAAAGCGUCUCGGAUAGGUUGGGAGAAUGAGAUCGAAGAAAAGGGAAUCAAAGAAAAAAGCUUUAAGACUCCUUAUUUCUACGACAAUCAAACUUAUGGACCUUCUCAUGGUUCUUAUUACGAGGAUGAUAUUGGUCCACAUCACCAGAAUGUUCCAUCUGCAAGCAAUCCUAACAAUGGAAUUUAUAAUUCUUAUAAGAUUCCUAUGCAAACGGGAUCAUAUAAUCCUCGAAAUAACUUUCAACAACCAAAUGGUUUCAUAAACCCUGAAAAAAUAGAUAGAUUUAAUAGGAGAGAGGCUACAAAUGAAAUAAUGAGCCAUUAUGACCGUAGCCAAUACAGUAUUUCUUCGCAUCCAACUCCUAUUGUUACCAAGAGUCAAAUAAUAUCAAUGCCUGUUUUUAUCCCAGACCCGCAACAAUCACUACAUACAUCAUCGAAUAGUACACCAGUACUUCAUUUUGAACCAAAUAAUGGAAAUUUUAGAAGACCAUAUACAGUUGGAAUUACUCCGAAUCCAUAUGUACAUAGAGAUCUUCAAUAUGGCCAAAACCAACCCCAUGUUGAUUAUAACAAUGCAGGAAUUGAACAUUCACAGAUGCAACAAAUCUCGAAUAAUAUGGGUCAAAAUGUUCAGCGCCCAAUGUCAUAUCCACAUGUUAGUAUCCCGAAUCAUACAUCAAAUGGGGCUGAGACACGCCCAUUUCUUUUCAAUGGUGAAAAUCUGAUAAACCAAUCGAGAGGACAAGUUCCUCAAAAUGGUAUUAUGAACAACCAGCAACAAAUCAAUAAUAAUGCAUAUUACAUCAAUCCUAAUCAACCACAAGGCUCUCAAUACUAUAAAUAA